AUACGGGCUUAUUAUGCCCAAGAAAGCACUGCAGAAAACUCUGAUUUUGAAGAAACAUUCAGUCUUUGCAGAUGACUCUGAGGAGGAGACAUCUGUGGGUGAGAGUCUUCAAAAAGAAGCAUUGAAAAAGCAAGUAAUGAAGCAAACCAAACUUGAGAUUCAGAAGGCCUUGGCAGAAGAUUCUACAGUGUAUGAAUAUGACAGUAUUUAUGAUGAAAUGCAGCAGCAGAAGAAAGAAAGUAAUGCCCAAGUACUCUCAGGAAAAGAUGACAAAAAGCCCAAGUACAUCCAACAUAUCCUCAAAGCAGCUGAGGUAAGGAAGCAGGAGCAGGAAAAAAGAAUGGAAAAAAAAAUUCAGAAGGAGCGUGAGAUGGAAGGGGGAGCAUUUGAUGACAAAGAGGCCUUUGUGACAUCUGCCUAUAAGAAGAAGCUGCAAGAGAGGGCAGAGGAAGAAGAAAGAGAAAAAAAGGAAGCAGCACUAGAGGCAUGCCUGGAUGUGACCAAACAGAAGGAUCUCAGUGGAUUUUACAGACAUCUUUUAAACCAGACAGUGGGGGAAGAAGAAGUGCCCAAAUGCAGCCUCCGUGAAGUCAGGAUAAAGGAAGAAAAAUCUACCACUAAGUCUGAUGAAUCCAACCAAAGAAAUAAAAGUCCAGAUGAGACACCAAUACUUAAAACCCCCGCUAAGGAAGAGGAUAACCCAGAUGCGGACAGUGACUUAGAAAGUAGUAGUAGGGAUGAUGAUUGUAAAAAUAACAGAACUAGUACUAAAAAGAAGGAAAUUCAAGACCGCUAUGAGAGCAGUGACGAGGAUUCCAAACAUCACCAGAGCCGGAAGCACUCCACUUCAUCAGACUCUUCCAGUGAAGAGAGAAGUCACCACACAAAAAUCCAUAUAAAUCAUCCUAGGAGAGGAGAAAGUAGAACUGGUAGAAGGGGAAAAGAUGAUCAGCACAAGGAAAGGGAUUAUGAGAGAAGAGAUAGGAACCAGGAAAAGGAAGACAGACACAGAUCUGGGGAUCGUACCACUAAAGAGAGCUGCAGAAAGAGGGAUGAACAAGAGAACAGACAGAGGGGGAAAGACAGAAAAGAGAGAGAUGGAUAUGACAAGGAAGGUAGGAAAGAGAAAGAGAGGGAGGACAGUUAUUCAGAAAGGGAACGAGAAAAAGAGCGACUAAGAAAUGACAAAGACAGAUACAGUGAUAGAGAAAGAGGGGAGAAAUGCAGAGAAAAGGAUGACCAUUUGAAGGAAAAGAGAGAGAAAGAUGACAAAAAAUACAGGGACAGGAAGGAAAGUAGUCCUAGGGCCUCCGAAAAAGACAGACCGCAUGACCAGGAAAGAGAGACAAAGGCAAAGGACAGAGGGAGUAAUGACGAGAGAGAUUCGUGCUCAGAGAGAUUUCCUGAAACAAAAAAUAAGGAUGCUGAGGAAGGGCAAAAAGGUGCAGAGCAAAUGGGGGAAAAAACAGUGUAUGUGAGCAAGUUUGCCAAACGGAGCAACGAAGAGACCGUGGUGUCAGCAAGGGAUCGCUACUUGGCUAGACAAAUGGCCCGAGUUAGCACAAAAUCCUACAUAGAGAAAGAAGAGGAUUAGCUUAAUUUCAGUGGCCAAAAAACAAGAGGAGACUGGUGGAAAAAUCACUGCAGCAGGAAAGCAUUGACGUGCAAGUAUUUCCUGACUAGUUUUUGAAAACCUGCUCGGUAAUUUAAUAAAACAAACUUGUGAUUUGAAAUAUUUUGAUGGUCUUUGUACCUUCAUCCAAUCAACUGUACAGGCACGGUAUUUAAUUUGACUGGUUCUCUUCGUCCUGGCAUUCCACACCAUGGCCUCUGCUUGUUAUCUCAUUUGUUCAGAGACAGGGAGCUGUCUGGUACAGGUGAGAACACUUCAGUGCCAGCCUGCAUGUAAUCCUUAUGAGUUUAUACCAGUGCUGCCCCUUGUCUGUAGCAGACAUCACUGUCCAGAGGCAUUAACACAGAGUGUAUGGGAAGGAUAUACAGGCAAACAACCAGAAUAAUAAUUUAGGUGAUGCUGUAUGCAUUGUGGUGUUUUGUAAACCAGGUAAAUUUCAUCUUGACAUAUGUGGAUUUGAAUGUAUAUAACGUAUUCAAGGGUUUUUGUUUUUCUAGUGCUUGCUGUACAGAAAUAUUUAAAUAAAAUGUAAAAUAUGUA